GUGGGCGCGUGAGUCGUGUGCUGCAGCGUGGGAACAGUGUGAAGUUCAACCAGCUAGACGCAGCGUUGUCUGAAGUUCGUUGUUGUCAGUUUGUCCCAUAUAACUUCAGAUUUCCGAAAUCGAAUUACCGACACCUUUUGUUUCGGUGAAAUUUAUCUCGAAGAAAACAUUUCGUCAGCUCAAAACAUGUUUUGGGUGAAGUACUUUCUGAUUGCUGGCGUGAUGCGUCUUGCAGAGAACAAGGUGCUUUUGCCACCCUAUCCUCCGGUCUCUAAUGACAAGUGCCCGGACCCAGCCAUGUAUUUCGACAAAAGAGUGAAACUCUGCUGCAGUUUGUGUAAACCAGGAUUUCAUGUGAAGAAUGCCUGCUCAGUUACUUCGGACACGGUCUGCCAGAAGUGCAAGGAGGGAACCUUCUUUGCGGUUCCAAAUCGUUACCAAAACUGCUUCAGGUGUUCCCGGUGUCAAGAAGACAUGGGUCUGAUAUACACCGGAAACUGCAGCACCUCAGCUGACGCCACGUGUGCAUGCAGGACGGGCACCUACUGCAUCAUGCGGGAACACAACCGCCCCUGCAAGGAAUGCAGGGAGCUCACCCGCUGCCCUCCGGGAGAGGGAGUCUCCGAGCAGGGUACAGAUGAUUCUGAUGUUAGUUGUUCACCCUGCCCUGAAGGAACCUUCUCAGACAAAGAGUCCUACACUGAGACUUGCCAACAACACACAGAUUGUGAAUCCCAAGGAGGGAGGACUGUUCGCCCUGGCAAUGCCACAUCCGAUAGAGUAUGUGUCCUGGCCACUGGCACCCCAAUCACAACGACAACCAUAACAACCACAACCUCCGGAGCCCCUAGCACAGCCAGCACCCAUGCCACAUCCAACACCUUUACUACUGCUGACAGACGCACAGGUGUUUCCAUCUCCAAGUCCAAAACCCCACCGCUGGACAGUGUUGCUAUCAUAGUUGGAGUAGUUCUGCCUGUAGCUUUCCUGUUGGGUUUGAUUGUCUUCCUGGCUGUCUGUUUCAAACGAAAUAGAGGUGACACAAAUAACAAUAUUAAGAAGGAGACCAACAAGCCAUCGCACUGCACCUCGGUGCACAGCCCGCAGGAUUGCUUCCCCUUUAAUCCUCCUGAGAAGCUGUGCCUGCUGGGAGGAAAGGACUCCAGCAACCCUUCCCUCUCGUCCUCAUCCUCCGGCAGAACAGAUCAAAGAUCCCUGUUGGAUCCUGAGCCUUCAGCCCAGAGCUGUGGGCCAGUUAUUCACAGCAGUCAGGGGGGGAGUGUGUGUCAUGACAGCCUACAGGCCAGCAACUCUGCCGUCACGCUCAAAAUCAGCGCUACCUUCAGCUGCCAUCUCUCACCCGGCACCCACCUGUGCCCUGUCCCCACCAGUCCCGUCAUAGACUCUACCCCCUCCAGCAGCAGCCUCCCCCUCUCCAAGGAGGAGGAGCGACAGAACCCCACCAAGGAGGCGCAGGCAGCUGUGCAAGAAAGCGGGAAGGUGGUGUGCUGAGGAGAGGAGCCAGGUGUGCAGGGAGGCCCUGGUUUGGGCUUCAAGGGGUCCAAUUCAAAAUACAGUGCAGCCAAUGAAGUGCAGCCGGUCUUCAUUCAUUGGCAUUCACAUUUACGACAUGCCUGAUACCUGAGCUGCAUGCACCUCGUCCUCUUGCAUAAACAUUUCUUAUUUGAUGUUUAUGGUUACCAUAAAACCUAGCUUUUUUGUGGUUGGGGGGGGGGGGG